AUGAGAGACGUGGUAGUGCUCAGCGGGUCGCUGCAUCCCGAACUCACCAAGCUGAUAUGCCGCCACCUCACCACCAACAAAGGCGAGGUGCUCCUGACCAAGUUUGCCAACGGCGAGACCCUGAUCGAGAUCAAGGAGUCGGUGCGGGAAAAGGACGUGUUUAUCGUCCAGCUGGGCUGCGGCCACGUCAACGACAACUUGAUCGAGUUGCUCAUCAUGUUGCUGGCGUGUAAAACCGCCUCUGCCAAGCGGGUGACCGCCGUAUUACCGCUCUUCCCUUAUUCGAGACAACCGGAUAUCCCCCACCUUGCGGCGCUUACUGGGGCUCCGAAGAAGACUACGUUCAACUUUGAGCUGAGACCACCCACCAGAGCCCUGACUCCGGCUCCCGGUGACCUACUGGCGCCCAUGACUCCCAAGAGAACCGACUCUACGACUAAGAUUAGCGCCCCUAACCCGAUCAAGGGUCUGCUGAAGAACAUCGCCACUACCGACGCUGCUGGCCGUACCGAGCUGGGCUACAAGCAGUGGAUCGCUCAAAACGGUACUCUCAUCGCCAACUUGCUCACCAGAGCCGGGGCUGACCGCGUCAUCACCAUGGACUUGCACGACCCUCAGUUCCAAGGCUACUUCGAUAUCUGUGUCGACAACUUGCACCUGAAGCCGUUGUUCAAGAACUGGAUCAUUGAGCACAUCCCCAACUACCACCAGUGCGUGAUUGUGCUGCCGGACUCUGGUGGGGCCAAGCGGGCCAUUGCUGUCGCCGAUGCCCUUGGCUGCCCCUUCGCUUUGAUCCACAAGGAACGCCGGGCUAAGUACGGUACUGGCGCUGAAGGUACCCCUGAUUCCAACCCUAAGGUGGUGGCGACGACGAUGUUGGUGGGUGACGUCAAGGACAAAGUGUGCGUGCUUGUCGAUGAUCUUGUCGAUACCGCCUAUACCAUUACUCAAGCGGCUAAGCUUUUGAAGGACCAAGGGGCGAAACAGAUCUACGCUCUUGUGGCUCACGGUAUCUUCUCUGGUGAAGCUAUUCGUCGUAUUGAGCACUCGGCCAUCGAUAAGCUUGUGACCACCAACCUGACUCCUUUGCAACCUGGGGCCAACUUCGAAGUGUUGGACGUGCUGAGAGUGUUUGCCGAAGCCAUUCGUCGUAUCCACAACGGGGAGUCGGUGAGCAUGUUGUUCGACCAUGGCUGGUGA